AUGGAGGACGUAUUGUCUCGUGCUUGGGCUCAAGUAAGGUGGGAAGAAGAUGUUGCUAGUAGGGCCAAAUCAUGUCCGAAGUACGAUCAUAAGUCCUCAAAGCCAACUAGGAAUGACCGCGAUGAGCCCUCUCAUCCCAAGACCGCGAGGGAGACAGGCAACCCAAGCAAGGGCAGGUACCAACAUCGACCUUUGCCUAGAUCCGAGGGGAUGAUGGUGUCCACUUGGCCUGAUAUCUCUCAUCUUGCGAUAUCCAAACCGGAACUGAUCGGCGUCCUACGACAAAUGGGUCCACAAGUUAAGUGGCCUCCUAAGAUGAAGGCUGCAGAGGCUAAUCAAAACCCCAAGCGAUGGUGCGAGUUCCAUAGUGACCAUGGUCACACCACGGAAGAUUCUCCAGCAUUGCCACCACAGCAAGACCGAGUGAUCCAUGUCAUCUCAGGCGGAUCGGAGGUAAGUGGAAUUAGUAGUGCCGCUGCCAAGAGAAGUACUCGCAACGCCAGGAACGACCAAGAGGCCGAGGGUCCUAAGCGCCUAUUCCUCGAAACAGACGAGAUCAGCUUCACUGCAAGGGAGCAAGAGAAGGACCUUGUUCCUCACCACGAUGCUCUUGUCUUUUCACUUACCAUAGCAAACUGCUUGGUCAAGCGAAUACUAGUGUACAAUGGAAGUUCCAGCAACAUUAUCUUCCACUCGGCCUUCGCCGACCUAGGUUUGGAACCCACAUCCCUAACUAGAAAGGCGACUCCCCUUGUAGGCUUCAGCGGAGAGGUCAAGCAAACCUUAGGAGAGGUCCUUCUCCCCGUGUACGCCGAGGGGAUAAAUCAGGCCACAAAGUUCCUAGUCAUCGAUUGCCCUUCAUCGUAUAAUGUAAUACUAGGAAGGCCUUGGAUCCACGAUAUGGGAGCUGUACCUUCGACUUUACAUCAACUGGUCAAGUUCCCAACUCCCUAG